AUGAUGAAAUUCGAAGAAUUAGCCAAUGAAAUAAUACUUGAAUUAUUUGAAUCAUUCGAUACAGUAACUCUUAUUCAUGCUUUCUCUGGUCUUAACUUUCGUUUAAAUCAAUUAAUUUUCAGUCGUAUUCGAACCUAUCAUCUAGAUUUGCGAUCGAUUUCGAAAAAUGAUUUCAAUCUAAUCUGUUAUCAAUAUCUUCCAACUAUUAUUGAUCGAAUUACGUUACUACGCAUAUCACAUGAUGAUGAAACACCAUACAUUUUAUAUGGAACUUAUUUACAUAUUUUUCAUAUUCGUCAAUUCAAUCAUUUACAAUCAUUAUCUCUUUAUUCGAUUGAAGAAGCUUCGACAAUAGAUCAAAUAAUUCUUGAAUUACAUCAACUUCCAUAUCUUACACAUUUAAACAUAAUUCAAUGUAAUUUAGAACUUAAAUAUGGUAGAAAAAUUGUUGCUCUGAACGAAAUUUGGAGUCUAAAGAAAGUGACACAUUGUAAUUUUGAUCAUUGUCAUGGACUUUCCAUACAGUUGGCUCAAAUAUCAGUAAUAUCACAAACUAUUGAAUAUCUUUCAAUAGAUACUAGUGAUCAUUUCAGAAAUUUAACUCAAUUAAUUCAUUAUACACCAAAUCUUCAACGAUUCAAUUGGAAUUUAAUAUAUUCAUCAAGUAAUCAACCACCACUUAUUACAAUGUCAUCGAUAGUUUCAUUGAAACUUCGUUAUUAUGGUACAAAUGAUUGGUUAAAAAAUAUUUUACAACAUAUGCCUAAUUUAUAUGAUUUAAAAUUAGAUCUUAUUAAUAUUUAUUUAAAUGGAUAUGAAUGGGAAAAUCUAUUUGUUUUAAAUUUACCUAAUAUAAAAAUUUUUCAAUUUCGAAUGCAUCUUAAAUUUUCUAAAAUAAAUCUUGAACAACAAAUUAAUGAAAUACUUAAUUGA